AUGCCUGAGUACGCCAAGAACCAGCCCGUCGGCUUCGAGAACGCUAUUGAGAGAGUCGCUAUUGUUGGUGCGGGAGGCACCGUUGGAUCUCACUUCGUCGCCGCUCUCCUCGGAACCGGCAAACACAAAGUGACGGCCCUCUCCCGAAAAGACAGUGGCAACACACUUCCUGAGGGCGUCCUCGUCGCCCCAAUUGACUAUGAUGACGAGGCUACGAUUGUCGCUGCACUCAAGGGCCAACAGUUCUUGAUCAUCACUUUAUCUCCCACUGCACCUCGCGACACCCACAGCAGGCUCGUCCAGGCUGCCGCUAAGGCUGGUGUCCCCUACAUCAUGCCCAAUAGUUACGCUGGCGAUCUUGAACAAGUUAAACUCGGAGAGGAUACCAUGCUGGGGCCCGUGGCCCAGGCCAACCGACAUGAGAUUGAGAGACUCGGUAUGAAGUGGAUUACCGUGUGCUGUGGGUUUUGGUAUGAUUACAGCCUAGCUGGUGGUGAAGCGCGCUUCGGGUUCGACUUUGACAAGCGAUCUCUGACGAUCUAUGAUGAUGGCAACACCAAGAACUCGGUAUCGACAUUGUCGCAGGUUGGGCGGGCCGUGGCUAAACUGCUGGGUUUGAAAGUGCUUCCUGACGACGAAAGCGACGAAAGCCUUACGGUGUCGAAGUGGCUUAACAAGGCUCUGUAUGUCAAGAGCUUUGUUGUCGGCCAAAACGAGAUAUUCGAGAGCGUCAAGCGCGUCACGGGCACUAGUGACGCUGACUGGACGGUUACCUACGAGGAUACCAAGAAGCGAUACGAAGAUGGCCUGGCGCUUGUUAAGAGUGGUAACAGGGCUGGCUUUGGUAAAAUGCUCUACGCAAGGGCGUUCUACCCGGAUGAGCCGAGUGAUUGCUCGGCCAAGGCACAAAAUGAGCUACUGGGUUUACCGGAAGAGAACCUGGAUGAGGCUACCCAAGUCGGGAUAAAUAUGGUCAAGCAACUUCAACGCCGUGCUGAGCGUAUGGCGUCAUAG